UGGGGACAGAGAGUGCUUUUCAAAAAAAAAUUCAACAAUAAUCAUUCAUUAAAAAUGUUAACCAAAAACAAUAAGAAUAGUGGCACUCAAAACAAUAUCGUCAUCACACAGUUGUGUGGUCAGUAGCACUGUUUCCUCACAGAAGAGGGUUUGUUUGCAUGUCCUCCCUGUGAUACCAACCUUUUUUCUAUUCAAUAUUUUUCUUAGUAUUUCUGCAGGCCGGAAAUAGGUCGAAAUUCUGUAAUUUGUCGGUGACAUCACAUUGAUUUGAAUUUUAGAUUAGCUUUGUUCAGUUAGACUUGUGGAAACUCACCUUUGCUCCCAGCCACUGCAGAUACAAUUAGGAAUGAAGUAUGUAACUGAGAGGAAUUUUGCUUUUAAACAAUACAAACCUCUGCAAAGGUUAAUUUCUGUACUGUUAAUCAGUAUGUACAAUGGAAGUUUCCGGUUACCUGGUUUGUUUUCUCUUUGCACUCUGGCAACAGUAGCUUUAACAUUCAAUGCUGUUCGCCUGAGUGAUAGUUCUCCACAGAUCUUUGUCUUAUUUAGUGCAUGUUGUUGAUUCUUGUUUGCUGGGCUCUCACAGUAUCUUCCUAGGUGAUCUGCUAUGGGGAAGGAGAAGCUCCACAUAAACAUUGUGGUAAUAGGACAUGUCGACUCAGGCAAGUCCACCACCACGGGCCACCUCAUCUACAAAUGUGGGGGCAUUGAUAAAAGAACAAUUGAGAAGUUUGAGAAAGAAGCGGCUGAGAUGGGAAAGGGUUCCUUCAAGUAUGCCUGGGUUCUGGACAAGCUGAAGGCAGAGCGUGAGCGUGGCAUCACCAUUGACAUCUCUCUUUGGAAGUUUGAGACCAGCAAGUAUUACGUCACCAUCAUUGAUGCUCCAGGACAUAGGGACUUUAUCAAGAACAUGAUCACUGGAACUUCUCAGGCUGACUGUGCUGUGCUGAUCGUGGCUGCAGGUGUUGGCGAGUUUGAAGCAGGCAUCUCAAAGAACGGUCAGACUCGGGAACACGCCCUUCUUGCUUACACCCUGGGAGUGAAGCAGCUCAUUGUGGGCAUCAACAAGAUGGAUUCCACUGAGCCCAACUACAGCCAGAAGCGCUACGAGGAGAUUGUGAAGGAAGUCAGCACUUACAUCAAGAAGAUCGGCUACAACCCAGACACUGUGGCCUUUGUACCCAUCUCUGGCUGGAAUGGAGACAACAUGCUUGAACCCAGCCCUAAUAUGACCUGGUUCAAGGGCUGGAAGAUCAACCGUAAAGACGGUAAUGCCUCAGGCACCACACUGCUGGAGGCUCUGGAUGCCAUCCAGUCUCCGUCGCGCCCCACUGACAAGCCCCUCCGCCUGCCUCUGCAGGACGUCUACAAGAUUGGAGGCAUAGGGACUGUACCAGUGGGUCGAGUUGAGACAGGAGUCCUAAAACCUGCCAUGGUGGUGACCUUUGCCCCUGUCAAUGUUACCACUGAGGUCAAGUCUGUGGAGAUGCACCACGAGGCCCUGAACGAGGCACUACCUGGCGACAACGUGGGCUUUAACGUCAAAAAUGUGUCUGUCAAGGAUAUUCGCCGUGGCAAUGUGGCUGGAGACAGCAGGAACGACCCACCACAGGAGGCAGCGAGCUUCACCUCUCAGGUGAUUAUCCUAAACCACCCUGGUCAGAUCAGUGCUGGCUACGCUCCUGUGCUGGACUGCCACACCGCACACAUUGCAUGCAAAUUUGCAGAGCUCAAGGAAAAAAUUGACCGUCGCUCUGGUAAGAAGCUAGAAGAUAACCCGAAGUUCCUGAAGUCUGGAGACGCUGCCAUUGUGGACAUGAUCCCCGGCAAGCCCAUGUGUGUGGAGAGCUUCUCUGAGUACCCACCACUAGGGAGGUUUGCGGUCCGUGACAUGCGUCAGACUGUGGCAGUGGGAGUGAUAAAGGGCGUGGAAAAGAAGGCCCCCACCAGCGGUAAGGUCACCAAGUCCGCACAGAAGGCGCAGAAGGUCAAAUGAACGUUGUUCUGGGCUGCUGCCCCAAACACCCACCAUGGCAGAAGACGCACUGGCACCCUGCACCUUCUGCACACUAUAGUCAGUGUAUGGUCUAUUAUCACAAUGCAUCGCAAAAGCAGGAGAAGGAAAAAAAAUAACUCCCACACUGUUAGUGAUUAAAACGUUACCACACUGUUGUAUGUAGGUUUCAUUGUCAGAUUGUGGCAGAAUAUAAUUGCUUUACAGGCUUUCUGGUAAUGUACUGUUGUAGUUCAAAUAAAGCUGCAUCACAUUAGUAAUAAGGCAGAUAUGUUCCAUUUCCAGGUCUUUGUUGAAGUAAUGCUCUGCGUCCUAGCUUUAAAAGAGAUAUGCUAACUAGCCACAGGUAGAUUGCAUGUUUCCUGUUUGCACCUUAGAGAAACAAGCUAUAUAAACUCUUUGUCUGAUACCUGGAAUCUUCAUGCCUAGCACUUUGCUGGGUCUAAGCUUGUAGCAGCUCUGUUAAAUGUUAGGUACUGUUUAGUUCAUACUCUGUCAUCACUGUUAUUUGUGAGCAUGUUCAUGAAAGUAAAGACGUUUAAACAGAA